AACAGCAGCGACAGUAAAACGUUCACCAAACAAAAACAAACUAAAUAAUAAACAAAUAUAUACCAAUAUUUUUUUUAUAUAUUAACAAAUUUUACAAAAAAAAAAAAGAACAAAUAACACAACAAACCUAAAAUUAAUUUUAUUCAAUAUGUCAACGGAGGCCGCACAACCAGCAACAGCCCCAACUACAGAGGCACCACCCACCGCCGAGCUGGGACAAUUGGCUCUAGAUGAUGGGGCACCGAAAGUCAGUUUCUCGGAUCAAUUUAAGGCCUUCUCGAAAUUCGGGGAUACCAAAUCGGAUGGCAAAUUGAUAACCCUAUCGCAGAGUGACAAAUGGAUGAAGCAGGCCAAAGUGAUUGAUAAGAAAAUAACUACCACGGAUACGGGUAUCCAUUUCAAAAAGUUUAAAGCCAUGAAAAUUGGCAUUUUGGAUUAUAAUAAAUUUCUCGAUGAUUUGGCUAAAACGAAAAAAGUUGAGCUAGCGGAGAUUAAAUCAAAAUUGGCCAAUUGUGGAGCACCUGGUGUGCAAUCAGUUUCGGCUGGCAAGGCAGCUGCUGCUGUGGAUCGGCUUACGGAUACCAGCAAGUAUACGGGCUCCCACAAGGAACGAUUCGAUGCCACUGGCAAGGGUAAGGGUAUUGCCGGCAGACGAAAUCUGGUCGAUGAAUCUGGCUAUGUGAGUGGCUAUCAGCACAAGGAUACUUACGAUGCUGCCAAGUAGAUUCAUAACCAAUUCAUCUACUAUAUUUUCCUCUAUCACACAAAAAAAAAAAAAAACACCCACUCUUCUUAAAUAUUUUAAUUCUUUUCUUAUGUUGUUUUUUCCCCCUUUUUUUUGUGUUCUAUUUUUUGUGUCUUGCGUUUCGUAACCUGAAUUUAAUUUAAAAAAACAUUCUUAAAAACUAAGUUGUGAUUAUUUUAAGUGCUUAAAA